UGUAGAUCUAGGUGUUAAUACAUAGGGCUCUGUUGGUGGGCCUUGCGCUGACGGCUUUUUCAAAUUGCCUGAAAACGCCGGCUUACCAUGAUGCAACGGUACCUGUAUGGACGGACUUUAGGCGCAGGUUAGAAUCCAUUUAAAGAUUCGGAGAAACGGGGUUCGACAAAAUAGCGACCCUUAUAGAUGGAGAAUGCCUACAUACAUAUAUAUAUAUAGUAUAACUAGUGCCAGAAAACCCACCAGAUCCAGUACCAUCAGUCUGAGUUUACAGAAUCACCAGGACUUCAUCAUGGACACUUCAACCUACAAGACGGUCACGACCAGCCGUGGCUACGAAUAUAGUUACUAUGUUUCGGCGCAAAAAGGGCCCAAAUUCCCUGUUUUGUUCCUCCACGGUUUCCCUGACUACGCUGACAUGUGGACUGAGCAAAUCAAGGCUUUUGAGCAGCAGGGUCACACCUGCAUCGCGCCAGACAUGCUUGGUUACGGGAAGACCGCCAAGCCGUUAGAUGGUGAAGCUUACAAUAGCGAGGGCAUCUCCCAGGAUGUUGCCGAUAUUCUAGAGGCAGAAAACGUCUCUAAGGCGCUCAUUGUCGGUCACGAUUGGGGAGCAUAUCUAGCUGGUCGAUUUGUCAACUGGCAGCCCAGCAAGUCCCUCGGCCUUGUUGUCACCAACGUUGCUCAUAGAGCCCCUACAGAGAUCAACCUACCUGAUGCAAAUGCCAGACUAAAGGCCACCUUGGGUUACGAACCCCUAGGCUACUGGGCUUUCAUGGUUCAGCCUGACGGCCCUGCUUUGAUUGAGGAUAAAAUCGAAUCCUUCUUUUCUCUGCUGUUCGCCGAGGAUGAUUCAAUUUGGAAGACUGAUUUAACUCCUACUGGAAAACUUGAGGAGUGGCUCAAGGUCGACCGCAAGGCCCAGAUCGCUAGUUACAUUACUCCAGAGACCAAAAGUCACAUUAUCCGUCGCUGGCUGGAGGACGGAUUCGCUGGCAAGGUCGGCUGGUACAAGGCUAUGAUGGAAAAUACUCACUGGAACCAUGAGAAAAAGUUGACGGCAGAUGCUAUUAGAAUCAAGGUGCCCGCGCUAUUCCUGGGCGGUGCCCGUGAUGCACCUGCUCCCGCAGUCCUUGGAGAGCUGGCUAUGAAGCCCCUCUGUGACGAUUACACUGGUGUUACCAUUGAUUCCGCUCACUGGAUGCUGAGAGAGCGACCACAGGAAUGGCUGGAGAAUGUGCAGGAUUGGAUUCAGAAAAAGUUUUAACGAUAUAAUGAGAUACAUAAUAACUUGACUUAACAUUGGGAAUAUUUUGAAAAUAUUUUUAGAAGAAAUCAUAAAUCUUUUUGAUGAGCUUAAUAGCUUCGGAAUCAAAAUCUCCGGUUUGUCCUGCUCUUUUACAAACUUGUGUGUGCAACUUGCAGCCAUAGCGCAAAGGAAACACCUCUCGGUUACGGCGUACCGCAAAAGGUGAAACAAAAUGAAAUAAGCAGAGACUCUGCUCUCAUAAUCAAUAAGAGACACGGUCGGACAAUCAUGUGAAACGGCUAACCACAGAAUGACAGUAGCGCCUUCGACAGCAGACAUGGUUGCUCCGAGGCCGGCUAGCCGUACGGCAAGCUUCAAACAAGAUAAGGUGCUGCCAUGGGAUUUCCAUUUGCGGCAUACUGUACACUUGCAAAGCAAGAUUGGUUCUAUUGGUCGUCGCAUUUCUAGAACGCAGUGAACGCGGUUAGGGCAGUGCCACUGGUAGCUCAAACGCCUCGUUGGCGUUGCAGUUGUGACAAACCAGAUGAUCUGGAUUAAGCGCUGACCAGCCUCUCGCCAAGUUUGGCCAAGCAAGUUCGCGCCGCAUUUCCUCUAUGGCGCCAGUAGGCUAUCUUUCCCAAAAAGCCUACACGUUCGUCAUCGAGCUGCGCAUUUCGCCAUCUAAGCGCCCGUUGCCG